AUGAGAUCUCUCGCGCUAUCGGCGCUUGUCGCAAGUCUUUGGACCUUGACACUCGUCAACGGCCAGCAGGACCUCGCCCCCAGAGACGGCAGCUGCCGAAAGGAAGACCGAACCUACAGCGCCGAGGUGCCCCGAGCCGGCAGCUACCAGCCAUGGACCCUCAUCCCGUUUGGCAAGGUCGGGUUUCCAGCCAAGCAGUACAUCACCAUUGUCAACCUCACCCCCCACCGCUUCGUCCUGGAUAAGGGCGCCACGCACUCGUACCAGAUGGACGUGUUUGACUGGGACGACAUCCCCCAGGGCCGUGCACGCCAGAACACUGCCACGUACACGUUCAAGGCGGGUAAGAACCCAGUCGACGACAAUGGCGAGGCCUACUACUCCAUACAGGGAACCAACAAAAAGUUCAUGGUGCGCGCCACGACGCACAUUCCCGACAGCUACCCCCGCCGCACUGUCUUUGACUUGAGCGGCAUGGGCCUGGGCCAGCGUGAGUACUCUGAUCCGGGCAAGGAGUCCCCCGUCACGCUCGUCAUCACGGGCAGUGACUCGUAUGGCUUCACGGCCUCGCUGCGACACGGCCCUGGCAACUGGAUGAAGGGCAUUUACAACGUCAUCAAAGACCGCCAGGUCCAGCACUUGUUCCUCCCCGGUACCCAUGAUGCUGGUAUGAGCCGGAUCAGUGGCAAUAUUGCCUCCCUCGGCUCUUCUCCCAACACGCAGACCCAAGGCAUCACGAUAUACGACCAACUGCGCGCCGGUUCACGUCUCUUUGAUCUACGCGUGGGCACUGUUCAUAACGCGACAGAUACCAGCAGAUACGGGUACUGGAUACUCCAUGUCAACAACGAGAGGGCCGACGUCGCCAUCGGCAAUUCUGGAGAAGCUCUCGACGAAGUCAUUCGAGAAGUCAACCAGUUUACUGCAGAGAACCCUGGCGAGCUCGUCUUCUUCCGUGUUCGAUACCUGAUUGGCAUCCGCAACAUCCCCAGCUUUGGGCCAAUUUACUGGACCACAGCCAUGGUUAAUGAAUUCUUUGGGAAGCUUCGUGGUGUGAACAACCGCUGCGGUAAUCUCGACACGGGUACCAAGUUCAACAAGCAAAAGGCGUCGUACUUUAUGGAUCAAAAUGGAGGCAACGGUUGUGUCUUGUUCUUGCUCGACACUGCCAACUUGCAGGAUGGUGUUCCUCAUGACUCUAUUGGAGACGGUAUUUACAGGACUGAGAUGUUGGAGGUUUGGGACAACUGGUCAAACCUGCCCGACACCGAAAAGGUCGCCAAGGACCAGACAACAAAGUGGAUGACAGUCGGCCGGUCCGGCAACUUCAACAAUGACCAAUUCCUCAUCGCCCAGUGGAUCAUCAGCGCCGACGUCCUCACCACCACGGCCCUCACCAUUGAGCAGAUGGCGAUCCAACCCACGAACCCGGCCCUGUACUGGAUGGGCCUCAACAACAUGAGCCCCGAGACAUUUCCGACCGUCGUGCUGGUUGACUACAUUGGCGUCGUUGUUGACGGCCGCCACAGCUGGGAUCAGCUGAGCGCCGAAAUGUACACUCUCGCCAUCGGGAUGAACCUGUACAUGAUUAGCGAAAACUGUGACAUCAGCCAGCAGCGGUCACCGCUGCUACCACAGGGCCAGGCUUUCAUGCUCGGCAUACAAUCGGAUUCCAAGCCAAGACAGAAUAUCCCCAGGUGGAAUGGCAUCAUCUAUGAAAACGGUACGGUUGUCAAUAAUCCGUGCAAUGGCACUCACCCCGGUCGCGUAGCAAUUUUGAAGAGCGGCACAGUCUUCCUCAACGGAACGGUCGUAUUUCGAGACAGAGUCAACCCCGAGUUUAGGGCGGUCUAG